CACACACAACUUCCUUGCCUUCUUCCAAAAAAGAGAGAGAGAGAGAGAGAAACAGUGUCGUUUUGAGACAAUGAGUCGGAAAUGGAAUCGAACGCAGGCAGCUCCGACGAGAACAGUUCUCCGACUCCAUUGAGGAACCCAUUUCAGAAAAGUGGGAGUCAGGCGGUGUACGAGGUGAGUGUGACGAAGAACGCAUGCGUGAUGAGAGUCGACAUGCCUGGGUGUCCCGAGUCAGACCUCAACUACUGGGUCGACACCGUAGGCAACAACGUGCACUUCUACGCCGACGAACCAGCCAUGCCCGAGUACGAAAACGCCGGACGCAAGUACGGAGGCUCCAUGGUGGUCAACCCAGAGGCGUUCGACGUGAAUAAAGCUACGGUGAAGCUUAUCAACGGAGUGCUCUGGAUCAGCGUCCCUAAGAUCCCCGGCUCAAAGGCCUCCAUUGGUGUCGUUAAUCAGAAGAUCAUUCGUUUACCGAUUGAACCACAUCAUCGCACAUGAUUUGUGCCGUCUCUUCGAGAUUUGGUUUGUGGUCUUCUAUCUAGCGUCUCUCUAUCUAUAUCUAUCUAUCAAUGGCUUGCUCAUGCAGCGCUGGUUUAUGUUUAUCUAAUUUCUUUGAUGGUUUAAGUACUCUCUUGCUUCUUCUAUAUAUAUUAUGCA